AUGGGUAAAUUAAAAAGGAUCAAACCAUCUUCCAGGUCAUCGGUUUCAAAAUCUUUAACGGUUAACUCUGAUUCUCUUUUAUGUAAAUUACCUCCGGAAAUCCUUUUAAAUAUUUGUAAAAAUCUCUCUCCAUAUGAUCUAAUUUCACUUUCAAAAGUAUGUAAAUUAUUUUACAAUGAUUUACGUCAAGGUGAUUCUUUAACUAUACAACAGAUAUGGCGUGAAUCUCGACUUUCUUUUAUGCAUUAUCGUCAAAUGGAUCCACCUGAUGGAAUGAAAGAACGUGAUUAUGUUUUAUGGUUGUUGGAUUUAAGAUGUGAAUUUUGUAAAAAGAAGACUUCUUUGGAUAUUUCUUGGGAAUUUAGAGUAAGAACUUGUUCUAAAUGCUUGGAUGAAAAUUUUGUAAGGCAUAAUGAUCUAUCAAGUUCUUUAAUAUCUGGUAUUCCAACCUUUAUUCUAAAUUGUGUUCCUUGGAAACGAGAUGAUCGACAUUAUCGUAUUAGAAUUUUUCGGGAAGAACAAGUAAUAGAUAAAUAUAAAGAAUUUAUGAGAGUACCUGAACAUGAACGUGAAGAGUGGAAAAAACUUCAAUUGGAUAAAGUUUUACAAAUUCAGCGAGAUUCAAGUAUACGUCGAGUUGAAGAUGAAUUAGCAAAAGAAGGUCGUAAAGAAUAUAGAAGAAAAAUUAUACGUGAAAGAUUUAAUAAAAUGUUAGAAGAAACUAAUGAUGAUG